GUCUAUGCAAUUAAGCCUGACUGCCUCUGAGUUAUCUAAAACAUCCUUCUCUUCAAUCCCAACGUCAUAUAUCCUCUCUUCUUCGGUUCAGCUCUGUUAUUGUGCAAUCCAAUCCUCCUCUUCCUUCUUCAUCUUCUUUUGACCAGUUGCAGUCCUUUUCAAAUCGUCUGCACUUUUCUGCUGUUUUGUUGCUCCGGUUUUGAACCUGGAUCCUUCCUUUUUCACCAUUCUUCCUUAAAGAAAACCUCAAAAAAAUCAUUCCCAGCAUGUAAUCCAGACUUUAAAUCACAUCCCACAAAACCCCUUUCUCAGAAAAACAAAAAACAAAAAAAUUAGUUUGAUUGCUUUUUGUAUGAAAAACUAGAGUUAUCCUUGUAGUGGGUACUCUGGAUUUCUUCAUUUCUUCUAUCCCUUAACAAAAAAAUUAUAAAAAAAACCUUCGAAAUAUGUAACUUUCAUCCUUCCAAAACCCAAUUCCCAACCCAAAAAGCCAAAAAAACAAAAAAACAAAUUAGGUAAAUUUUAUUUCAGUAUGUACUAUCCAUAGCCAUACUGUCGUCCCCCACUCUGGCCACUACCAAGAUUCUCGUGUAGAAUUUUUUUUAUAAAAAUCGUCAAAUUAUGUAACUCCGAGCUCUCAUUCCCAGAACCCAAUUCUCAAAAACCAAAAAAAAAAAAAAAAAAAAAAUCUAUUGUGUUUUAUCCUUUUUCUUUGUCUUGAUUUUGGAGGCUAGAAAUGGCGGAAUCUGAGCCGGUGACGCCGUCGGCGUCGGCGCCGGCGACACCUGGAACGCCACUGCCACUGUUUUCAGGGCCCAGAGUGGAUUCGCUAUCGUAUGAGCGUAAGUCAAUGCCGCGAACCAAGUGCUUCCCUGUGAAUGCUACUGCGUGGGGUCACUCCCCCACGUGCUUCAACGAGUUCCCUACUCCGACUGUCUCCCUCACCCGCAAGCUUGGAGCUGAGUUCGUAGGAACCUUCAUCUUGAUGUUUGCAGCAAGUGCUGGACCAAUCGUGAACCAAAAGUACAACGGAGCAGAGAGCUUGAUCGGAAAUGCAGCAUGCGCAGGGCUUGGCGUGAUGAUCGUGAUUCUCUCCACUGGCCACAUCUCUGGUGCGCAUCUGAACCCAUCUCUCACCAUUGCAUUUGCCGCCCUGCGACACUUCCCGUGGGUCCAAGUCCCAGCCUACAUCGCAGCUCAGGUUUCUGCCUCCAUUUGCGCCUCGUUUGCUCUCAAAGGGAUUUUCCAUCCGUACAUGUCCGGCGGAGUCACGGUGCCUACUGUGAGUACUGGCCAGGCUUUUGGACUUGAGUUCAUCAUCACUUUUAAUCUGUUGUUCGUUGUCACUGCUGUUGCAACUGACACUCGAGCGUUGGGAGAGUUGGCUGGUUUAGCAGUUGGGGCUACUGUCAUGCUAAACAUUCUUAUUGCAGGGCCAUCUAGCGGUGGUUCAAUGAACCCGGUGCGCACUCUCGGUCCUGCUGUCGCCGCCGGAAACUAUACGAAGUUGUGGAUAUACCUGGUGGCUCCUACCCUUGGAGCUCUCGCCGGGGCGGCCACCUACACAGCUGUGAAGCUCCGGGAAGAUGAGGUGGAUGCACCUGUGCGCGAGGCCAGGAGCUUCCGUCGCUAGAGCUAUACAAAGGCAUGAAUACGUAGGACAAUAAUCUCUUGUCAUACAGUUUUUCAUGUUAUGUUAUUCAGUUAUUAAUUUAGAUUAUUAAUAAGAUGAAAAUCUUAUUAAUUUUCUUUAUUAUGCAAUAACAAUAUGAUAACAUAACAUACGAAAACGAUGGCAAAACAUAUUACCUUAAGUAUGCUAGUCCCUUGCAUGGUGUAUACCAUAUGAUAUGACGUGAUAAGAUAGCUUAAGAUAAGUUUGAUAAAGAAUAAGGGCAGUGCGGGAGAUAUAUGUAAGAUGUGAUAGAAAGUCUUACGCCUGGCCCAUUUGGCUUUUCACUGUAAAGAAGUGUGUGAUAUCAUCUCUCGCAAGGUCAUUGUCCGAUCGGAUGGUCCUGCGAGAAGACUUCGGAUGGGAUCUGUUUGUUUGAUUUGUGUUCUUCUGUUUUCUUUUCUUUUCUGCGUUCGGAAAGUGACUUUAUGUAAAACUGCAUGCAGUAUGACGAAUGGUUUAAUAAAUAAAUAAAAGUAAAGUAUAAAAAACUACUUUAAUUAUUAAUGUCACGAUA